UUCCAAACAAUGGUGGUGUUGAAAGGGAUACCCUCUAUACUGUCCCCAGAGUUACUGUUUGCUUUGGCAAAAAUGGGACACGGAGAUGAAGUGGUCCUCGCAGAUGCAAACUUUCCUGCGUCCUCUGUUUGCAAAUGUGGUCCGAUGGAGAUUAGAGCCGAUGGCAUGCAGAUACCAGCGCUCUUGGAAGCAAUACUGAAGCUAUUUCCUCUUGAUUCUUAUGUUGAACGCCCGGCAGCUGUUAUGGAUCUUGUUGAGAGUGAUAAACAGAGAGGUCUGAAAGUCCCUGUCUGGGAUACUUACAGUAAGCUCCUGACUGAUGCAGGGUCACAGGGCGAUUUGGAGUUAGUUGAAAGGUUUGCCUUCUAUGAGCGAGCCAGGAGAGCUUUCGCUGUGGUGGCUACAGGGGAGACGGCUCUCUAUGGCAACCUCAUCAUUAAGAAAGGAGUUAUACCUGCAGGACAGUUGUGUUGACCGUUCGGGUCGCUACACGAACACUGCAAUGUCAAAUGCAUGACUUGUACGUGCAGGUGCAGGAAAUCUCAGCCAAUCAGAGUACAGACAGAGGGGAUGAUUAUCAUUGUCUAUGAGCUUUUAAACAACUUGCUGAGCAAAACUUGAAUUUAUCAUGACUGCCUUUGAAUGUGUUUUGACCCAAUGACAUAAUUGACACCUUGGUUCAGAGUUUUUGGUUAACUACUGAAUACUAAAUUUCAUGAUUUGAAUUUAAAUUGCAAUAACAUUCCAAAUUCUUAUAACUAUUUUUGAACCUGGUAUUGCUGUUCUGUUAUUGUGGUUUAAUUGUCUUGUUGUCUUUGGAUGUUAAUAAAACAAGUGUACACAUUUGAGCUUUUUAUUUUUUUAAUUUCUGUAGGGAAAACUGUUAUUAAUACAUGCUCAUCUC